GAAACAGCCAAAAGAAGUCAAAAUGAAACAUGAUAGAGUUUGGUCUACAGAUAUCUUAUCCAAAACUAAUGUAAACAAUCUAAAGCCACUAAUUUAGAACAUCUCUUUCCUUCAUAGUUUUUCAACUUCUCUCCGGAGGAUAGUUCUAUUUCUUGUUUCUUAAUGGGGACUUUGCAGCUCCUCCAACUCAAUGUGGAGCAGACCAUGUCUUUAUUGGAGAGAUGUUCAAAUAUAGGUGAACUAAAGCAGAUUCAUGGUCAAUUGUUGAAAAAAGGAACCAUCAGACACAAGUUGACAGUAAGCAGGCUCUUAACUACAUAUGCAUCAAUGGAGUUUAGUAACUUAACAUAUGCACGUAUGGUUUUUGAUCGAAUAAGUUCACCGAAUACUGUCAUGUGGAACACCAUGAUCAGGGCAUAUUCAAACAGUAAUGACCCAGAAGAAGCAUUGCUUUUGUAUCAUCAAAUGCUUCAUCAUUCAAUACCUCACAAUGCUUAUACUUUCCCUUUCCUUCUCAAAGCAUGUUCUGCACUCUCAGCAUUAGCAGAAACACAUCAAAUCCAUGUUCAAAUUAUCAAAAGGGGUUUUGGUUCAGAGGUUUAUGCCACAAACUCUCUCCUUCGUGUCUAUGCAAUUUCAGGCAGCAUAAAAUCUGCACACGUCCUAUUCGAUUUGCUUCCCUCACGAGAUAUUGUUUCUUGGAAUACAAUGAUUGAUGGAUAUAUAAAAUGUGGAAAUGUAGAGAUGGCCUACAAGAUUUUUCAAGCUAUGCCAGAGAAGAAUGUCAUCUCUUGGACAAGCAUGAUUGUUGGCUUUGUUAGGACAGGCAUGCACAAAGAAGCUUUGUGUCUUCUACAGCAAAUGCUGGUUGCCGGCAUCAAACCUGAUAAAAUAACCCUAAGCUGCUCGCUUUCAGCAUGUGCAGGUCUUGGUGCAUUGGAGCAAGGCAAGUGGAUUCACACCUACAUUGGUAAAAACAAAAUAAAAAUAGACCCAGUUUUGGGUUGUGCUCUUAUAGACAUGUAUGUCAAAUGUGGUGAAAUGAAAAAAGCCUUACUAGUGUUCAGUAAGUUGGAGAAGAAAUGUGUCUAUACAUGGACUGCAAUAAUCGGUGGCUUUGCAGUUCAUGGAAAGGGAAGCGAAGCUUUAGAUUGGUUCACCCAAAUGCAGAAAGCAGGAAUUAAGCCAACUUCGUUCACUUUCACUGCAGUUUUGACAGCAUGUAGUCAUACAGGGUUAGUUGAAGAAGGAAAGUCCCUGUUUGAGAGCAUGAGUACUUUUUAUAACAUGAAACCUGUUAUGGAACAUUAUGGAUGCAUGGUAGACCUUCUGGGUCGCGCAGGGUUCUUGAAAGAAGCAAAGGAGUUUGUAGAGUCCAUGCCCAUAAAACCAAAUGCUGCAAUAUGGGGAUCACUGCUCAAUGCCUGCCACCUGCACAAACAUCUUGAGCUUGGCAAAGAGAUUGGCAAAUUUCUGAUUGAAUUGGACCCUGAACAUGAUGGCCGGUAUAUUCAUUUGGCAAGCAUUCAUGCUGCAGCUGGAGAAUGGGAUGAAGCGAGUCAAGUGAGAAGCCAUAUAAAAAAUAAGGGUCUGCUAAAUCUUCCAGGAUGCAGUACCAUCACCCUAAAUGGUGUUGCCCACGAGUUCUUUGCUGGGGCUGAACCCCACCCACAUGUCCGAGAAAUGUAUGACAUGUCUAAUCUUAUUGCAAGUAGAUGAUACGUUAGGGAGCAAAUUGAGAUGAGAAUGAAAAUUUAGCUUGCGAAAGUAGAUAGAUAUAAUAGUAGUUUUCCACCCUGUUUGGAUAUAAUUAAAUCGGGGCAAUGAAAAUAAGAAAAAUGUAGC